AUGAAUCAAAAUGAUAAUUAUUUCCCAUUAUCUUACAAUGAUCACAAUCAUCCUCUUUAGAAAUGGCGUUUACAUAGUAACUCUAUGCAUAGCUAACCUCUUAUUAAAAUUGAUUUUGAUCAUAAACAAAAAAUGGUAUACUAAUUACCAGAUGUUUUCAUGACAAGUAGACAAAAUUAAUUAAAAGUAAUUUAAACAUAUAUAUAUAGUAAUCCUAUUUAGAAAUUCCUAAAAAAAGCAGAAAAACAAGUAAAGUAAGUUUGAACAGUUUAGAGGUUUCUCCUAAAAUUCCAAAAUUGAAUAAUAGUAAAGAUUAAAAAUAUAAAGAACUUUCUGAAUUACAUAAGAGUUAUUCUUAACUUAAGUAAUUACUAUAAUCAUAUUUUAAAAUAGAAAAUCACUUAAUCGAGUUAAGAAAUAACAUUUAAUUGUUGAUAAUAUUUGUGAAAUCAAUACAAUUAAUCCCAACUCAUCCUUCUACUUAAAUGGUGUCAAAUUACCUUACAGUUUGUACGUUAUCAAUAAGAAUCGUUAAAUGGCCAUUACUAAUUUAAUGAAUCAUGCAAAUCCACAUGCUCAUGAGUAAUCGUAAUAGUAGAUCUAAAUGAUUGACAACUAAAUAAAAAAAGUUCGUAAUAUUGGCCCUUAUUUCAGGGAUCGAAAAUUAGAGCAAAUAAAAAAUGAAGGAAUACAGAAGUCGAUCUUAUUUACAAAAUGCAUAUUAUUCAAUGUUAUGUGUGAACUCUGAUUCCAAGAAGAGAUUAAAGAAGAUUAUACAUCGAUAAUUCCCUUAAGAGUCUCGUUUCUAGCAGUUAUGA